ACAUACUUGAUUUCAGUUCAGAUGCGGAGAGACAUCGGGGCAAACGCACAACCCAAAUUCGGGGUUUCUAUUCAAAGCCAGCUGGUCUGGCUUUAUCACAUGCUGGGCAUUUAUUUUGGGCACUUUGUGGGCAUUUGUAGUUUUUCCAUUUGUCCUCUUUUGCGUUUUUUUUUUUUUAGUUUUUUAAUUUGAAUUUAUUUGGGCCUCAGCUGGUGCUGUAGGGUAUCACUUCCUGGUGAAGCAAAGAAACGGCACGGGUGCCAACCAAAGACGAACUCAAGCCUUGUGAACACUGAGAGGAGCUCUCAGAUGAAUGACUAAGAAAGCGACGAGACGGUACAUGAAGGAACAUUGAACGUGGUACAGAUGCUGGGAUCUUUGAGUUGAUUGGAACAAAUAGAAAGCCGGCGAGAAAGAGAGCGAGUGAGUGAGAAAGAACGAGAGAGAAAGAGCAAAGAAAGAAGAGGAAAGAAGAAAAGAGUGAAGCAAGCAUAAAGUUCUUUGGGAAGAGGAGAGACAGAAAGCGACGGGGACGAUGGGGAGGAAAAAGAUUCAGAUCACGCGGAUUAUGGAUGAACGCAACAGACAGGUGACAUUUACAAAGCGAAAGUUUGGCUUGAUGAAGAAAGCCUACGAGCUGAGCGUGCUGUGCGACUGCGAGAUCGCCCUGAUCAUCUUCAACAGCACCAACAAGCUGUUCCAGUACGCCAGCACAGACAUGGACAAGGUCCUGCUCAAAUACACCGAGUACAACGAGCCCCACGAGAGUAGGACCAACUCGGACAUUGUGGAGACAUUGAGAAAGAAGGGCCUAAAUGGCUGUGACAGCCCCGACCCCGAUGCAGACGACUCGGUCGGCCACAGCCCCGAGUCCGAGGACAAAUACAGGAAAAUAAACGAGGACAUAGAUCUGAUGAUCAGCAGACAGAGACUGUGUGCUUUGAGCAAGAAGGAGAACAAAGGUGGCGAGAGCCCGGAGCUUGAAUCCACUCUCAUCCUCACGCCGCGAACUGAGGAGAAAUACAAACAGAUUAACGAGGAGUUUGAUCACAUGAUUAAAAGUCAUAAGAUUCCUCAGGCCAUGCCCCCGUCCAACUACGACAUGCCCGUUUCCAUCCCAGUCAGCAACCAGAACAAUCUCAUCUACAGCCAUCCCGGCGGCUCCCUCGGAAAUCACAAUCUGCUACCGCUGACGCACCACGGACUACAGAGAAACAGCAUGUCGCCCGGAGUUACACACAGACCCCCCAGUGCAGGUGGCCUCAUGGGUGCUGACCUCACCACUGGCGCAGGCACCAGUGCUGGAAACGGAUAUGGCAAUCACCGCAACUCUCCCGGUCUGCUGGUCUCUCAGGCCGGCAUGAACAAGAACAUGCAGGCAAAGUCACCCCCGCCCAUGAAUUUAGGCAUGAACAACCGCAAACCCGACCUCCGUGUUCUCAUCCCGCAUGGCGCCAAGAACAACAUGCCCUCCAUUUCUGAUGACGUCGAUCUCCUCCUGAACCAGAGAAUAAACAACUCCCAGUCUGCUCAGUCAUUGGCCACCCCAGUUGUGUCAGUAGCAACUCCAACUCUACCAGGACAAGGCAUGGGUGGUUACCCGUCGGCCAUCUCCACUUCUUAUGGUACAGAGUAUUCCCUGAAUAGUGCAGACUUGUCAUCGUUGUCCGGCUUUAACAGCGGCAGUUCCCUGCACUUGGGUUCAAUGAGCGGCUGGCAACAGCAACACCUUCAGAACAUGCAACAUUCGGCCCUGGGACAACUCGGAAAUUGCUCUAGCUCUCACUUAUGUCAGGGUUCAAAUCUCUCCCUGCCCUCUACUCAAAGCCUGCACAUCAAGUCCGAACCUGUUUCUCCUCCUAGAGAUCGCACCAGCAGCACACCCGGGGGCUACGGUGGUGGCGGUGGGGUAGUACCCCCCCAGAACCCCGCUUCCCGCCAGGACUCGGGACGCUCCCCGGUCGAUAGCCUGAGCAGUUGUAGCAGCUCCCACGAAGGCAGCGACCGCGACGAGCACAGGAACGAGUUCCACUCUCCUCUGGGACUGGCCCGGCCCACCCUGGACGAGCGCGAGAGCCCCUCCAUCAAGCGGGUGCGCCUGUCUGAGGGCUGGGCCACAUGAUAGCGCUGCCCUCUCCCCAACUUAACCCCCCCCUAAACAACAACAGCCCCCUUGUCAAUACCACCAUCAUCUAACAGCCCCUCUAAAAAGUCUACAGAUUUUUUUUUUUUUUUUUAGUUUUGUUUGUAUUUUUGCUGAGUGCGUGUGUGUGCUAUACGUAUGACAUCACAUAAACCGGCGGGCUCUUGUAGAUGUCAUUCGGGGAUAGGGGAGGGGCGGGGUCUUCUAUUUCUAGUUGGGGAACUAUGCAUAACUUGCUUUGCGUUUGGAUACAAGCAAUCACAAAUGCAUAUAUCUUCACACCUGUGUACAUAUAUGCAUAUCGCCAACAAUAGUCAGGUACUCUGUUUCCAUACAAGUUCACCGCAGAGAAUCAUCAGUGACUAGAAAAGACAAAAAAAAAAAAGAAAAUGAACAUACACGCCGUAUGUACAGUUUCAUCGCUAUGUACCGUCUCCCUCGCAAAAACAAGUGUGUGUUAACAUUAGAUGAUGUCAUGUUGCAGGUUCAACGUAUUUAUGUAAAUAGAGGUCAAAGGUAGUUGGGGGGGGGGGGGUCAAGAGGUUGCCGGACAUUUCAAGAUUUAUUUACUCGCUAAAGAAAAAGCUAAUAUGCAACAUUUGAAGGACUGUACAGGUAAUCGGACCCCAAUACGUUUGGAAGUUUUGGUGUGUAAAAAAAAAAAAAUGGGGUGAGGGAGGGGUGGGGUGAGGAGCACCCUCUGAUCCAAGAGUAAGGUGUAAUCAAUAAGCCUCUGGAUCUAGUAUUAACUAUCAGUAUUAUUAAAGGAGGAAAAAGAAAACAGAAAAAAACAAUUGUACGAUACACUUGCUUAUAUUUUCUUAUGAAAGGAAUACAAUGCAAAGCAUUUUGUGGCUUUUUGUAGUUUCUAUAAGCCAGAAUGUGUUUUUGAUAGCUUUGCUAAUAAGAGAAGGAUAGUGGAGGGGGGGGGGGGGGGUUAGUGCAUGGGCUUUGGAGCCCAAAGCCAUGAAACAGACUGAGAUCCAAUGCUUUGCUGAACUGUUUUAUCUUUGUAGAGGUUUGUUAUUAAACGUGUAUUUCUAAUUAUAUAUAAUAAUGGUAAUAUUAAGAAUCUUUAAAAAAAAAAAAUCUGUGAAAUUAACAUGCUUGUGUAUAGCUUUCUAAUAUAUAAAUAUAUAUAAUAAUUUUUUUGUUGUUGUUUUCUUAGUGGAGUUUCAAUGUGCAGUCGCACAUGUUUGGUUUGUUUUCCUUUGAGCCCUGAGCAGAGCUGGUAAAGAAAUCACACAAUCACGAUCUGACCCCAACACGCAUUUGUCGUCUCACGUCUCAUCCUUAAGCUUAAUUAACUUAUUGAACAUAACCUUGUUGUCCCUCCUUCAGUUCGACACAACUUGAGCUUGUCAUAUCCAAGCCGUGCAAUUUUCCUUGUUAGCAAUUUAACUAAUGCAAUUUUGCAAAUGGAUGGUGAGGAAUAACUCUCAAAUCAUUUGCAUUGCUAAUUUGAUUCCGUAUGUCCUCCGGUAGAAUUAUUUUCCAAUCAAACAUCAUUUGCUCGACAGGAAAAUGUGAUCACCAGUCGCUAAUUUCUGAUCGAUAGCUCUUUUGAUGACCCAAACUAGCCACUUAUCUCUGCCUCUGAGUCAUGUAUCUGCUGUCAUUUAAGUGUUAUGAUAUUUCAAUGUGCAUAUUUCAUGCAGGUUCACUUUGUUGUUACUGUAUAGUCUGUGCAUUCAAACGGGGGCAGAGCCUCUAUAGCAGUGUUCUUCUCACUCUUAUUUUUUUUUUUUAAUUCAGUACAAAAAGGCUGAGAGGGAAAAAUAAAAGAUGUUUGAGGCGAGCGAGUGGAGAAACCAAAGCCAGUGGCAUUUGUGUGUUGUAAACUUCUUAUUUACACAUUCAUUUAUGUUUUUAUUUUGCAAGCAUUGAAAGAUGACAAUAAAAAAAAAAUAUUCAAAUGCACAAUUUCUUUCACACUUUAACUCCACUCAAGUCCAGGUUGACUUUGUGUCGAUGCCAACAACAUUUGCCCCCACUUGUGCAUCGAAUUUGAGUGAGCGUGCGCGCGCGUGCUUAGAAGCGAAAAGUCACGUGACCGUAAUUCGCAUCUAUUCACUGGUGUCAUGUCCUGGUGAUCAAUUACAGUUCAAAUUUAACCAAAGACAUGAAUUUAUAUUUUCUUGCUGUUGUUGUUGCAAUUACUAUUUUUUUUUUUUUUUCAUCUGUUGAUCAGUUGCUGUGUUUUCGUUGAGAUUAAAAAUGAAAAGUCAUGUUGGUACCUCCAAAUGACCCAAGCAGUACCUCCGCUGAUGUAUUGUGCGGUCACUUUGCAGUGCAAAUGGGAGAGCAUCCAUCCACCUGUACAGCCAUGUGUAAUAGCAAACCAUGCCUCUUUGUUACUCCACAUUGUGUGGUUUAUUUAAAUCUUGAGGGGGAAAAAAAAAAAGCGGGAUCUGUUUCUGUUCAAUGCUUAAAUCCGUCGGUCUGUAGUGUGAAAUGUAGCUUGUGUUAACCCAGGGACUGGGGCAGCUUCGGAAGUUUGGUGCAGAAUUUGAGCGGCAUAAGCUGGCCUUUGUCGCCACUUGACUCAUGGUGAUGGUGUUCAAUGAAAAGUGUGUGGAACUGGACUGGACUGAGCUGCCUGUGGUGGGGCUGGAAUACACAAGUCUCCUCGACUAGAGAGGAGUUGAACUGUUUGUACUUUGCAGAGAUUUCAGUAAACUUACUGGCUUUCUUAGUUAUCCUCA